ACCGUGCUGCAAAAAUCUGCGAUCGACACCGUCAGGAGUUCAGGACGAGUCGAACUCGUUUCUUCGCCGCCCGACGCUCUCCUCCCGCGCGCCCGCCGCUCCGCUCGACCCGCGCCUCCAUCGCUGGAUCUGCGUCGAGCCAUCACCGGUGAAGAGCAGGCACCAGGAAAAGGGUAUUUCGAUUUUCCCUGCAGUUUGUGCGUUGUUCGUUCUCUCCUCGAGCAAAGGAUCCUAGAAUCCUCACUGCGGAUGUGAGCUGAUAUUGCAACUUGUAGAUCUACCUCUCAUGUGUGUCGGUUUGUUGCAAAAAUUGAAUGUGUUAAAUUUCCUAGCAUACCCACCCCUCUCCCCCACAUUUCCCAUUUUUCCUUGCUCUACCGAGGUCGAGCGCGCACACUCUCCACCACACCACACGCCGUACUCACACGCCUCACAACUCAUCCACCCGCCCGCAGCUCUAGCCGUCGUCUAUCUCGUGUCGUCUCCGAGUCGGAGGAAGAAGCGAAUGGCAUGAAGCAACCUGCCAAGAAUGAAAGCCUGGGUUACCCCUGGUACAAGUAGAAGAACACCAUCAACUGAGCCGCAGGGAGGAGGGGAAGGAAGAGAGGGAGAUGGGCAACUGCGGCACGCGAGAGGAGAAUGCCGUCGUCGCUGCGCACGCGCAAGUUCAGCAGCUCCACCUACUACAACAUCCUGCCAAGAAUGCCAUCGCCGAUAGGAAGCACACCCGUACCUCAUCAGAUUUAAGUGAUCCCUCAACACCUAGGAAAAUUGAAGAUGCCAAGAACAUUUCCAUAUACAAUGAUGUGAUUGCCUUCACAUUGUUUGAGCUCGAGACAAUCACAAAGAGUUUCCGUGCUGAUUAUGUUCUUGGUGAAGGAGGAUUUGGGACCGUUUACAAGGGUUACAUAGAUGAGAAUGUCAGGGUUGGGCUGAAGUCACUUCCUGUUGCAGUCAAGGUGCUCAACAAAGAUGGACAUCAAGGGCACAGAGAAUGGCUUACCGAGGUUAACUUCCUGGGGCAAUUAAGGCACCCGAAUUUGGUGAAGUUGAUCGGAUAUUGUUGUGAAGAUGACCACCGGCUGCUUGUCUACGAGUUCAUGUUUCGAGGAAGUCUAGAAAACCAUUUAUUCCGAAAGACAGCUAUGCCAUUACCCUGGGGUACUAGGAUGUCAAUCGCAUUGGGAGCUGCUAAAGGGCUUGCUUGCCUCCACAAUGCUCAAAGGCCUGUCAUCUACAGAGAUUUCAAGACCUCAAAUAUUCUGCUGGACUCUGAUUAUACAGCUAAACUGUCCGACUUUGGCCUGGCAAAAGCUGGCCCUGAAGGUGAUGAGACUCAUGUAUCAACACGGGUGAUGGGAACCUAUGGUUAUGCUGCUCCUGAAUAUGUCAUGACUGGUCACUUGACUGCCAGAAGUGAUGUCUAUAGCUUUGGUGUUGUCCUUCUGGAGCUCUUGACAGGGCGCAAGUCAAUUGACAAGUCACGGCCCAGCAGGGAGCAGAGCCUGGUUGACUGGGCCCUUCCGAAGCUCAAUGACAAGAAGAGGCUUCUCCAAAUAAUUGACCCGAAACUGGAGGGGCAGUAUUCGGUCAGAGCUGCUCACAAAGCCUGCAGCCUUGCAUUCUACUGCUUGAGCCACAACCCCAAGGCAAGGCCGCUUAUGAGUGAUGUCGUUGAAACCCUGGAGCCAUUGCAGGGAAGUGGCGGAAGUGAUGGGUCCGGUCAAUCUUCUGGCCUUCCUGACUAUAGGGCUCGCCGCAGGCUAACCGGGAACAGUGUCCACUUUAGGGCCAUCCCAAACCCCAAGUGCUCCCCUGCUGUCCCAGCAUGCAGAGUGAGGUGAUGGCGAUGUUUAAAUUGCUGCUGGAAUGGGGCCCUGUUUAGUUCUCAUCCCAUAAACCCUGUAAACACAAAAAAACCGUUACAUCGAAUGUUUCAGACACAUGCAUGAAGUACUAAAUGAAGUCUACUUACAAA